GGGACGUAAACAUUACACACGGUGUUUGUGUGUGUGUUAGUGACAUGGCGGAGUGCAGUCUGACUCGCGCGCUCAGCGCUCUGAGAAGUCUGUACGAGCGCGUGCAAACACUGGAGGAGUUUACUUCCGGGGUAGAGUUCAGUGACGGCCGGAAGCCGGCUCUACUGCAGGAGACUGACUCAGGGCGGUUUAAAGCGCUCAUCAGGGGGCUGGUGGUGUGUACAGAGUCUCCUCUCACACACACACUCAGCUCUGUACAGCUGGGGACCCUGCCCGAGGUGCUAGCGUUUGUCCUGAACCGCAUGAAGAUGAAGAAGAAGAGGAACGUCCUGAGUUUCGGGUACCGCUCUGGCGCAGGACGAGGUGACUCGGACCCCUUUAAGUUCCACGGCUCCAUUUCUCAGAGCGCCGCGUUCAUCUGCGGUAGUGAAGCCUGGGCUAAAAUCAACCACCGGCUUGGGUCCGAUUUCACCCAGUAUCUGCUGAGUCACUGUGCCGUGUUCACCACAGCUCCCCCUAGCUGUCUGGUGCAGCUCUGCGGCAUACCUGUGUACGAUUUGAUCCCUGUACAGACUUGGUCUGGGUUCUUCCUGAGCUCGUAUAACAAAGCUGGCAUGCUGAGCAGGAGCCGAGGGGUUGGGAGUAAAAACGAGGCAGGGGUGAAGAAGGAGGCAAAAAGCAGAACGAGAAUGCAACAGAAAGAUGGAGUAAAUGCUAAAAAGAGAAAGAGAGAAGACGUGGAGGACAUCAGGGAGAGUCAUAAGGAACUUCCUGCAAAGCAACGAUGUACUGAGAUCAUAAAACAUGAUCGUAAUGUGGGAAAGUCACUGGAAAUCACUGGAAAUACUCACCCUGUCCAAUCAGACAUUAGCCCCGCCCCCAAACAUGGCCUGUCCAGUUGGAAACCGAGUGAUCAACCCCCACCCCGCCCAUCUCACUGUUUCAUUAGCGUACUAAGCAUGCUCUACAGCGGACGUGGCAUGAAGGGCUUCUUACUAAACAGAAAGUUGCACGGACACGUGGGCGGGCAAAGAAGGCUCCAAGGAGCAGAUGUUGUCAGGAUGGUGUUUUGUCUCAAAGACAAGGCCGAGCAUUCGGGGUCAAAUUCACAAAACCGAAAGCUACCCAAGCGUUUUUUUGCAAUGGUGCCAAUUUUUACACUGCUCUUACACCGUCACAGGAAGUGCCAGUACGCUCACGUCCUGUCUCAGAAGUGCGCAACAAGCGAGGGCAAAAGGGACAUGGCAUCUCUUUUGCCUUGUCACUGCUCAUCCUACAGGGUGUACCUGUUCGUGAGGAAGUGUGUGCGCUUUGUUGUUCCAAAUGAACUCUGGGGUUCCCGGCACAACAUGCUGCAGUUCCUGUCCAGAGUCAAGCACUUCCUGCGAAUGGGGAAGUUUGAAAAGCUUUCGCUGGCUCAGGUGAUGUGGAGGAUGAGAGUGAGUGACUGCCGUUGGCUGGGAAAUAAAAAAUGUCACUGCCCGAGUGAGCACCGCUACAGAGAGUGGAUAUUUGGACAGUUUCUGCUCUGGAUGCUUAAAGACUUUGUAAUAGGCCUUGUCAAAUCUUUAUUUUAUGUCACAGAGAGCGUAGGCCACAAGCAUGCACUAAGAUUCUACAGACGGCACACCUGGACCAGACUACAGGACCACGCCUUCAGGGAGCAUCUCUCCAAAGGUCAGUGGGAGGAGCUGAGUUCUGCAGAGGUGGCCUCACUUCCCAAAAGCACUAUAACACCCCGCAUUAGAUUCAUCCCAAAAACCAGCGGUAUGAGGCCAAUCACACGCCUAAUCAGCACGGGGCCGGGUAUGCAGUUUCAGAGUUCUGUACGUGACCUUCAGAACAUAUUGAGUGUGUGCGUGCGAGAGCGUCCGUUUUUGCUCGGCUCGACCGUGUGGGGGAGACAGGACAUUCACAGGGUGCUGAGAUCCAUCACUCACACACAUACUCCGCUAUACUUCGUUAAGGUGGACGUAAGUGGUGCGUACGAUAGUCUUCCGCAUUCUAAGCUGUUAGAGGUGGUGCAGGAUGUCCUCAGGCCAAUGCUGGAGAAGUGCUUCUCUCUGAGACACUACGCCAAAGUGUGUACCGACUCGGAGCAGGAGAUCAGGAAACAGUUCUGCACCAGGGCUGAAACAGUUGAGUCCCUGAACAUGAAGGGUUUCGUAAUGGAGGAGCAGAACAAUGGAAAGCUCCACAACGCCAUUCUGGUGGAGAAGCUCUCAGUGGAUGUUAAGGGCGCGGACGUGUUUCAGUUCUUCAGGCAGAUGCUGAGGAGCUACGUCAUCCAGUAUAACAAAAAACUGUUCCGGCAGGUGUGUGGCGUUCCUCAGGGUUCGGUAGUUUCCACCAUGCUGUGUAAUUUGUGUUACGGCCACAUGGAGACCCGUGUGCUGAAGGACAUCACAGAGAAAGGAGGGUGUCUGAUGCGUUUAGUGGAUGAUUUCCUGUUGAUCACGCCAAGACUGAGUAAAGCCAUGGAAUUCCUCAAGACAUUGAUGGGGGGCGUCCCAGAGUACGGGUGUGUGAUUAACCCCCAGAAGGUGGCGGUGAAUUUUCCGGUGAGAGAUGAGCUGCAGUGUACAGAGAUGACGGAGUUCCCAGCGCACUGCCUGUUCCCCUGGUGUGGCCUCCUGAUCGACACGUGCUCCCUCCACGUCCACAACGACUAUUCCGGAUACGCCGGCCAAUCACUGCGCUAUAGCCUGACGUUAGGCUCCGCCCACUCGCCUGCCGUGUUCAUGAGGAAGAAGCUGCUGAUGAUCCUAAGGCUGAAAUGUGACAGCAUUCUUCUGGAUGUUCAGUUAAACUCUAUUGAAGUUGUGUACAAAAACAUCUACAAGCUUCUUGUCCUGCAGGCCAUGAGGUUCCAUGUGUGUGUGAAGUGUUUGCCAUUAGGACAAGGUGUGUGGACGAACCCAAGUUAUUUCCUAAAGAUGAUCUGGAGCAUGAUGAAGAUCACCAACAAGAGCAUCACACACAGCAACUCGGGAGUUUGUGUAAACGACGUGCUGCAGUGUGAGGCACUAGAGCUGUUGUGCUGUUUAGCGUUUGACGUCGUCCUGACGCGCCAUCGCUCUUCAUACCGCUGUCUCCUCCUUCAAAUUCGCAAGCGGGAGAGGCGUCUGAAGAGCGCGCUCCACGGCCUCAGGCUGGCGCGAGUUUUUCAGGCGGCGACUCCCAGAAUUCCUCCUGACUUCUCCAGCAUCCGCUUCUGAACCUCCUGCACUCGGAGUCAUGAUGUUUAAAUCAGACUGUACUCUACUGUAUAUUCACAUUUAUAUAACCGUGAUGUCACCCUUUAUUAAAGUGACCUCAUAUCAGGGGUGAUGUUUAUUCAUGUCCAUAAAUUAACGAGGAAUUUGUUUGUUUGUGCAUGUGAAGAUGAUGCAGUUAUUCUGUGGGCGGGGCCAGUGAGUUUUAACCUUUCAUUGUGUAACUUUACUGUAAUUAAAAAGACUUCCGUCGUACAUGAAUCUGAAUCUGCUGCAAUACGAUAUAUGUUUUGAUUAGAUUUCAUAUCAGACGAUCGACAUGUGAUCAGCUUCAUCAACUUCAACUGUUCAUUUUCUAAUAAUGAUGAUGUAGAAAUAAACGAGUUGAAACCAUUUCA